AUGAUCAGGCAACCCGGUCAAGGCGGAGCGGACGAAGCUCAGAAAAGAGAUCUCAGAGCAGAAUUACUUGCGGCAGAAGCGGCGCAUUUUGCGAAGACGAAGGGAACGACUGCAGAACCCACGACCAGUCCCUCUAAACCUGUGAAGCGGGAACUCGAAGAUUCGCCUGAUGAUGGUGAUAGCGACAAUGAAGACCCUGAAAUAAAACGAAGGAGGAUACUGGAAGAGACUAGAGAUAUCGACGCAGACUCAGAUGGAAGCGACACUGACAGCAGCGACGAGGAAAGUGACGAAGAAGAUGAGACAGCAGAGCUGAUGCGCGAACUCGAGAAGAUCAAAAAGGAAAGAGCCGAGCAAAAAGCCCGGGAAGAAGCAGAGCAGGCUCAACAGGCACAAGACGAGCGAGAACGAGACAUUGCACUUGGUAACCCGUUACUCAAUCCGAAAGCAUUCAACGUGAAGAGGAGGUGGGACGACGACGUGGUCUUCAAGAACCAAGCUCGAGGCACAGAACAGAAAGGGAACAAGGAGUUUGUCAAUGAUCUACUGAGGUCGGAUUUCCACAAGAAGUUCAUGGUAAGAGACUCGGUGUUGGGAAGACUCUUCUGGUUUGACUGA